CGGAUCCUUCGCGGUUCAAUCCGAAUCGUUGCAUUGCGAAUGGGGUAUGGUUCGAGCCGAUUUGGGUCAAGCGUCGGGGCUCGAACGACGCAGCGGCCGCAGCCGGCAUGGCGGGGGUGGCGCCACAGGCCCGCGACGCGUGCACUGCGACGACGUGGUCGGGCGCAGUCGUGGUCACCGUGGCCACGUUGCUGUGGCACUGGCUGCGGCAGCGGCAGCAGUUUUCAGAAAAGGGCGCCCGGCACACAGACCGCAGGACUUCUACCGCGGCGGUGGAGAAGCAGUCGGGCCAGCGGGUCAGCGGCAGCACGGCCGCGCAAGACGCCGCCACUUGUUGGGCGCGGGGCUAUGGGCGCUACAAGCACUGUGGCCUCCGUGUAGAUCUGAUGGCCUCCACCGAGCCGCCAGUACUUUCGCGGACGAACAUAGACAUCCCCCUGCCAGACCUCAGCGCCGAGUGCAAGGAGAAAGUGGACUCGUUGUCUCGCCGCGUCGUGGACCUCACUGAGCUGGCCAACAUAGGGCCUGGGCUGGGCGGCCACCGCACGGACGGGUCCACGCUGGUGCGGUACCUCCGCGGGAACAAGUGGAACGUGGAUAAAGCGGAGGAGCAGCUCCGCACCGCCGCCAGUUGGCGGCAGCAAUGCGACAUGGACCAGAUUUUCACGCGCUGGGACUUAGAAGCCUACGAGCGCUGCCUGGCUCCGUGGUGGCUGUCCGGCGGUUUCCUGGGCCACACCAGGCACGGCCAGCCCGUGGCGCUGGAGCGGAUAGGGCACUGCCACUUCCCAAACCUCGUGAAAGCCAUUCCCUGGGAGGUGUUGUUGAGAAUAGAUGUUGUGUCCUGCAACCGGCUGCUCGGCGCACUGGAGGAGGAUGCACUGCGCCGAGGCACGCCUCUGAUGCCAGCCCUUAUCAUUAUAGACGUCCACGGCUUCGGGCUGGAUCAAGCCCAAUUCCAGGCCGCUCGGACGCUGGCCCGGAUCGUGAGAAGUCGCAAUCUGCUUCUCACGGAAGUGACUGACAGGGUGCUCGUCAUCAGGGCUCCACCCGUUUUCCAGAGGGCUUGGUCGCUCUUCAGUUACUUGCUGGACCCUGGGACCCGGGACAAGUUUGAGGUGGCCGGCGGUGCAGAGGAUUCUUUGCAGGUGUUGAGAAAGUACGUGGACAACGAUUUGAUCCCCGAGUACCUUGGGGGCAAGCUGAACAUUGGCGGCGACCCGGAGUGCUCGCUGCAGCUUGCACCAGGCGGCCCCCCGCCGCAGCAGGCGAUCGACCGUUUGUUAGAGCUCACGGUUCGAAAUGGCGUCGUGAUGCCCGCGGCGAAAGAAUGUUUGGCGGUUUCUAGCUCCUCCCGCUCCAGCUCUCCUCGAAGUGCCGAUAUGUCCGCCCUGGACGAGGACGCCAAGCCCAGGUGUUGUUGCGGUGCCUGAUUUCCUCACCCUCGGCUAGCAAUCAGCCCCUCUUAGGCCUAGGCCGCCACUAGCAGGGAUCCCAAACGGAGAGCGCCCGCAGAGUCUCGAUUCGCUGUCGCACAUGGUAUAGAGAGCCUCUUGGCAGCUUUGUUUGAAUUGUUUGAAGGAACGCACCAGCCUCAUCGGGCAUCAUUGAGCAAUAUACAUAAGCCCAGCUUUUGUAAUCUUCCAAUCGCAUUCUCAGAGUCGCCUCACACUGACUGUGCGAAGCCGAUGUCGGCCGUUGCGCUGGCUAAUCAGAAUUAUUGGCGCUUCGCGUAUCCCCACCAGUGUCCCGGACUUUGCUUUCGCCGCCUGACCGUCGUCUCGCGGCCGCGACCGAAAAAAAGUAUCCCCACCAGUCCAUCCAGAAACGAUGCCC